AUGACACUUGGUUUUGAUAAAAUUGAUCACUUACAAGACAUGCAAUAUAGAACUCAGAUGAACAUUGAUCAUAGUAGUAAACCACAGACACCAUCUGUGCAUUAUGUUUCUGUGCGGACUAUUAUACCAAGCCGCCAAUCACAUAUGGAGCCUCAACCUUCAUCAGUCCUACCACUUCAUCCUUCCUCAGUAUAUGUUUCCCAUUUUAAUACAUAUGUCACAACACCCAUCACAUCAGUUCAGCAAGCAAAAUUGGAACGAGCAUCAAGGACAAGAAUACCUUCUGCUGUUGCAGAGAUAGUAACAGAAGCCUGUCCAUCUGUUGAAGUUGCAAUAAAAAGGAACAUUUUGCAUAAAUGUAAAGUGUCUUCUGAUGCACUUUGCAAACGAUCCAGUCAUUCAUCAGUGUUGUAUGCAAGUAUGGAACAGUAUACGAUUAUGAAGGAUUUUAGCAUUGACCUAUUGUGGAAAGAAAUGAUAACACAUCAUCCAUUUCUUAUUGAUGUGUUAAAUGCUAUGGCAGGAAAAGAAAUUGACAUUAAAAACACAACAUAUGAAUUGAAAGUUAAAUAUUGCUUUAUUUACUCAAUCAUUAUGAGCAUUCGAUGGCAUGAACUUAGUUUGUUUCAACGCAUCAACACAGUUUUAUUAAUUGAAGGUGGAUGUGGUAAACAGGUAUAAAGAGUUGAAUUAUUUAUUAUUACUGAAUUAACAUAUAAUUUUAGCCACAGUUAAAAAAGCCUUUAUUAACUGCCUCUUGUAAUUUAUAUCAUGUAUGAUAGUUCAAACAGAUCAGAUGAUACCAUUUGUUUUAUAGUUGGACAAAAUAUGUGAUUCAAAUUAUAGAUCUGCUGUCAAGACAUUGCAUAUUUCCUUUCAUUUAAUAAAGACUCUGGUUAACCCAUUAAGUUGCAGAGCUUCCCUAUUGAUGAGUAAAAUCGUCUGGCAUUAGGCAAGCAAAAAAGAUUAAGUAGGGCGCACUGUGGGGCGCAUUUUGGGGCGUAUUGUCAGAUUUUUUGGUUAACCCAUUAAGCUGCAGAGCUUCCCCAUUGACAAGUAAAAUCGUCUGCCAUUAGACGAGUAAAAAAGUAAAUUAUGCAGUCCAGUUUUGAGUGUAGACAAGCCACAUGAGAAAAAAGCUAGACUUGUGCAAUACACUUUUAUGAUGUGGGACUAGGGUUGGUUGUAUAAAAUAGUAGUUAAGAACAAGGCCCAUACUGUACAGACUGAGCACGGUUUGCCAACACAAUGCGAAUUUUCAGUUUUUAAAAUCAAAUAAAACCGUCAACGGAUAAAAACUUUACAACACGUGCAGACCAAAUAGCUAAAAUUGCUUAGGUGGUUCUGAAUACUGAUUUGAAAAACAUCGAAAAACAGGAAAGUUAAAUGUCAUUGAAAAUUGAAAAUUCGCGUCGAUUUGUCGAAUCGCUUCCGGUCUGUAUGGGCCUUAUACCAAAUCCAGUUCGCUCAUAAUCAUGCCGAUAUAUCACAAAAUCAUGCAAUAUGCUCAUAAACAUGCUUAUUAGCAUAUUACAAGAUUUUGAUAGAUAAUACACUAAAUCAUGCAGCAUGUACAUAACGAUUCUCAUGAACAUAUCACUGAAUUUUGGAAGAUAUAUGGCCGCGUGCUCAUGGCCGUACCAAAAUCCGGUACGCCCAUGAGUGCGAAAAUCAAGCAGUAUGCACAUUAUGAAUCAUGCUCAUGAGCAUGAGAUUUGAACGAACUAAAUCUCCGCUUUUGCCGUCAUCCCGUGGUAAUCGCGGGUAUUGGAUGUCAAAGUAAUUUAAUUUUUACCAUUAUAUUAACUGGAAAUUCAAUGAAAAGGCCAAAAAUAAAAUUAAUUUGAGUACUGGACUGAUGGUCAAAAUUUUUCUUUACUGCCAUAUCUUUUAGGGAUUAUUCUAAGGUGCAGUGAUAACCAAUUUGUGCAGUGAUAAAUGUGAUUUGUGCAGUGAUAAAUUAGACUAUGUGCAGUGAUAAAAUGCGAUAUUGUUCAGUACCAGAAAUUGGUGACAAAAUUGCCACUUUGCAUAUAAUCCACAUACAAUGGCUUUCAGUUUUUGCUCGCAACAUACAGGGUUAAAGUACUUAACUCAAAAUUAUUGCAAUCUGAGAGCUCGGCUACUGUUUGCCGACCUUUUCAUCAAUAAAGCAUUCAUUUACAAAUGUUUCGGUGGCAUAUUUAUUCCGAUAGGGUACUCGCUCCUAGCGACCAAGUCGUGUUCAAGAAUAUCAAUUUUUGUUUUGAGAUUUUUUACGCUGUUUGGUGACACAAUCAACAGUUUAUAAUUAAUCUAUUUCAUGAGUAUGAAAGACUAGAUCUUGAGCAAUAUUGAUUGGUGUUUUGCAUGCGAUUCAAAAAAUAUUUGAAAUGUGUAUAUCUUUGCAUGAAAUAGAUUAUGCAGAAUGCAGAUUUGGGCUCAUUAGCAGUGACUUUGUGUCAUUUGCCUGCAGCAUAUACUGAAAUUCGUGACAUGCAAGUUGCAGAACCAGAAUACAUGCACUCAUGCAUGCAGGGCAGUCAGAACGUUUUCUAAAAUGUCGCUAAAUUGAUAUAAAUUUUAUCAUUUUUCGCGCUUUUGUGCAGUGAAAAAAUUUACUUAGAAUAAUCCCUGAUAUCUUUAUUUUCAAUUCUAUUAGCCUUGUGAGAGUUACCUUAAUAUUACGGUUUGUCAUGAUCUUGGCAGUUCUCAGAUUUAUCUUUUAGUAGUUAGCAAUCUUUUUUGCUAUUGGUUGUUCUCAGGCUCUUGCGCACAAAAAACUAGGUUGUUUCUGGGCCUUUGCGCACUAAAAACUAGGUUGUUCUCAACCUUCCCAAACAGCCAAACUCCUCGGCCAAGUAAACAUCUGCAUGCCUUACAUACCUACUUGUCUGGUUGUAAUAAUUUAUAGAUUAAUAGAAUAUAUGUGGCAAACACUUUUUGUCUAAUAUAAAGUAUGGUUUGAUCAUAAUUGUUAUUGUAAAGUUCGAUAGAGGAACAGCACUGCCACUGGCGUGAUAGAACUUCAUGAAUUUAUGCGCAAACCCUACAACUGCAGACUAUGUCAAGUGGUUUGCCACGUUUCAAGUUUGGUACACAUUCUCCUUCGCAGAACAGCCAGAGGCUUUUUGUAUUAAAACGUACAGUUAUUUAAUAUUGCGCAAUAAAAAAGUUGAAAAAUUAGGCAAUCAAAACAAAUAUUAGGCUAACCCCAGGCACGAGAGAAAUUCCAUUUGGAGCCCUGUGACAGUCAGCUGGGAAUCCAGGAAAAAAGGGACCUUUACAAGGCUUUAGAUAGCAAAUCAGCAACGUGACUGCGACGACGGCUAACACAAAGCUAAUAGAAUUAAUUGCUGGUGUAAGAAAUAAUUGGAAAUUUACUUUAAUUACGCUGAAAUAUGAAGUUUUCACAAACCAAUGGCAACGUCAAUGGCUAUUAUAGUUUAAUUAGCCUGUUUCCAGUGUUGCGUCUGCUGUAAUUUUCAAAACGUAAUAUAUAAUCCUACUUUCAGCCUUUCGUAAAUAUUGAAAUCCUUUAUUUGAAUACAAUAGCUGUUAAAGUAUUCACGUUACAAUCAAUUGGAAAGCGAAUUUUUGUGUGGGGAGGGGAUACUGUAAGAUAAUCAUUUCUAAUUAUUCACUAUUGCCACUAAUUGUUUGGGUAAAUUUCCAUUCAUGGUUGCGAAAAAGUACCCGAAUUGUUAUUUCUGUAUAUUCAAGUUCCCUAUAUCUUCUAUAUAUUUUUAGUUGCAACACCGCCUAAACAAGUUAGGAGUUUGCUUGUCACAUGGAAGACGAGACACGUUGCUGAACCUCAUCGGUGGUCAUUUCUUAGACCAGACAGCAAGUAGAAUUAAAUCUGGGAAAACUUUCCGUGGUACAGGUGAUAAUUAUGAUCUGAGAAUUCUCAAGGGACACAUGAGGAAAGGAUUGCAAAACGAUGACCUGCAUCUAUUUGCAACAAACUUAAUUGAAAACCGCAUUGAUUUUAACCAUGUGCCUAACGAUUCUCCACUCGGUGACAUUAAAACAUUUCCGCGGAACAAAUUUUCGCCCAGUGCAUCCGAGAUCAAGAAGUAUGCCGAGUGUGCCAAAGUCCUUGUGGGAAGACUUGUACUGGAAUUUUGUCCAAAGUUUAAAUUUCUUAAGAAAGUCGUGCCAACCCAUAUUGAACAUGCGUUUAGUGAAGCAAUGUCACAGAAAUCGUUUAUUGCCAGCAUGCCCAUUAUUGAUGCAAACGAAUCAAAGUAUCAAGACUGUGUCAAAAUCCUCAGGACAUACGAAAAAUGGAUUGCAGAAAUUUAUAACAAGGCUGGUCUCCUGGAAAUUUUACCAAAGAAAGAUGAUCCACCAAUCCCUGUCGGGCCAGCUGCCUCCGGCCAAACGCAAGCCCAUGCAAUGGAUGACCAAGAUGAUCCGAUGAGGGAAAUGAAAGUUGUUAUGGGAGGGGAUCAACUUACCCGAGUACGUUUUGCUGGAGCCAAAGAUCUACUUGCAGGCGCGCACACACCCACCGAUCGUUUUGAGCAUUGCUCGCCAUUUAAACCUGUAAUGUGGCACACCAAAGCAUCUCUCUUACAAUACAGUUACAGUCUACUGUACAUGUCAGAAUCUGUUGGCGAUCAGGGAACACUGAAAUAUUUCCGUGAAAAAUACGAUCGACGUAAUGCUACACCAAAGAAGGUGCUCGACUGUUAUGAGGGGAGCGAAGAGCUUUUCUUAAGCGUUGGCCGUGCAUAUAUUAUUGUUGCAGUGUUGCAUUUCUUUGGUAUGUCUAGUGUUGAUGAUAAGCCAACAAUCCACGAGUUUCCAAAAGACAUCAUUCAUGGUACAGACGAACAGAAAAAGAAUUAUUUUGAUGAAGUCUUCGGAAUCUUUGUACAAAAGUAUGUAUUGCAAAUUGAUCCACUUACUGAUUAUGAUGUCAAUGAUGACCACGUAAAAAACUAUGGAUUGUGCACCAUUUUCCUCACAAUGUUAAUUUUACAAAUGAAAGAUACAGCCAGAGAAGGUGACGGAGAGCGGAAUCUCAUUAAUCAAAAGUUUCUUCUAUCAGUAUUCAAAUCACUGGGUUCCUAUAGUAAAUAUGCCAUCGAAAUGUUCGUCAGCAUUGCACAGAUUGAAUGCCUCCUCACACCGAGGUUGUCACAACAAUUUAAAUGGGGUUUCUUCGUGAAUUGGAAAGGUGGGACAGGAAACAAUAUUGAAGACGACUUAGCACAGGAAAUAACAAACAAACUGAGCAAAAAUAUUGUGCAAAGAAUGGGACCAAAUAAAACUCUUUCAUCCAUCAACAAAGUGAGUAAAGCUAUGAGUGGUAUCUCCAUGAUAAAAGAACAGUUUGAUAAGACUGUAGGAGUGGCAAAGGAAUCAGUCCAACACACAACACGCAAUUCGACGGAAGAUGAGAGAGGCAUGAUAGAAGAUCUAAUAAAUCUUGACCCCUUCAACCACAUAGAGGGGCGCUCAUACAAGGAUUUUAACGACAUAAAGAGGUCCCCGUUACGGUACCUUAACAUUGUAGAGUUUCACCAGUGGUUGGAGCGACAUAAAAAAGAGAUGUGUACCUGA